GUGUAUUUUAUAUUAUCUCUGUGGAAUUACAUACAAAGUUCAGAAGAAUAUACUAACAUUAAGAAAAUGUCAAACCUUAUUUCGACAGGUCAACAAUCAAUAAUGGACGAAGUAGAAAUUCCUCAGUUUUGUGGCAUAUGCAAGCGCGAGGCUUCGAAAUAUACGUGUCCGCGGUGUAAUCUCAAAUAUUGCUCACUGAAUUGUUAUAAACAUGAGACUCACUCCGAAUGCACAGAAACAUUUUACAAAGAUAAGAUUAUGGAUGAGAUCAAAAGUCAACGCGUCAAUGAAGAUGAUAAAAAAAAAAUGAUUGACAUGUUACGAAGGUUUGAGCAAGAAGAUUAUGAUGAUAUUACUGAUCGGUUUAAUGGAUUGGAUAUUGAUUCUGCCGAUAUUGAAACAAUCUGGGACAAACUGACGCCGCAGGAACGUGCGGAAUUUCAACAAAAAUUUAUUGAUGGCAAACCUGAAAACUUUCUGGAACUUAUUGACGAGUUACCAUUAUGGAAACCAUGGUGGGAACAUAGUGGUAGUGACAAGAUAGUAGAAAUUUUACCUCAAGACAGAGAUGAAACUCAAUUAUCAGAAUAUUCUCAAAAAAAGUUUAAUGAUAAUUUAUCGCAGAGACCACAGAUACUAUCCGAUAUAAAAAGAAUUGAGAGUGUAGAUGAAGCUAUCAUGGCUAGCACCAUCAUAACCAUUCAAAAUCCGAAAUACACGCAACCUUCAGGAUUUCAGUCCUUAGUCUUAGGUGAUAUUGUUUGUUUACUUACAUCUAUGGACAUUGUGCUUGCUGCACUCUCAGAUCUCUAUCGACUCUUUCAGUCGCAGCAGGCUAUUUCACAAACAUCCAUAGCUACAGCUUCAAGUAAUCACUUACAAAAGAAUCUUUUGAAAUCAAAAGAUAAAUAUAAAAAAAAAGUUUUCUUGACGGGAAAGAAAUUUUAUUUUUAUAUGGCAUAUGUAAACUCAUUGCCCCAACAAGGCACGGCCGUCUUAGAAAUUUUGAGACAUGAAGUUGAAGCAGAACGAGAAAAGUGUAUUAGAGAAGGACAAGAAUAUAAAAGAGAUAAGGAAACAAUAGAGCAAAUAUUUGGGAAUAAACAACAUGGCAAAGGUGAAAGUAAGAUUGACGGAAAAGGUAGACUCAUUACUGAGAUUUGA